AUGUCCGAGAACGCCAUCCAGUCGCUGCUGGACAUGGGAAUAACCCGCGAAGUGGCUAUCGAGGCUCUCGCCAAAACCAAUGGCGACGUUGAGAACUCCGUGAACUACAUCUUCUCGGGUGAGCUGCCCCAGCAAGGACCACCUCCGGCGCCCGAGGAGACGCCAGAGGACAGAGAAAAGGAGCCGGAAUCCGAGAGCGAGCUCCCAGAAAAUCCAGAGUUCAUAGAGGAAGCGCCACCGUCGGAAGACGAGGCUACGGACCAGCAGGGAGUCGCGGUGAGCCCUCGCGAGCAGAUAGCCUGCCAGCUGAAGAACAGACCAGAAGACCCGCUCGUGGUUCGGCCCGCGUCCGGAAACGCGCUUUUCGAAAACUAUUUUGCUCUCUUCUGUCUCGCCGUGGGCCUGGGCUUUCCGCACCAUUUCCUCGAGCCAGACUUCCAAGAUCUCACGUACGGCCAAGACUGGUACAAAGGCCAAUUUCUUAAGCCGGCUUACAGAGUCAAGUUUGAAAACAACGACGACGUGAGCAUUGUCCCACAGGAGACGCUGACCAGCCAGGAUAACCUAAUUCUGCAGCCCGAGCUUCUGUGGCAAUUCCAGAAGUUCCUGGCUGUACAAAACUCUCCGCAAUGCCGCAGAAAAUACGUCACCGCGCGAUACCUGACCAAGGUCCUCGAGCCGCAGGUCGUCGAAAAACUCAACAACUCGGAUCACCUGCACGAGGCCCUGCCUUCCUUCAUCAAGAGCUUAGCUAACGAUGUGGAGCUCUGUCCCGGAGCCCACUCUGUCAAGGAGCUUUUCAUCUCCACCGCCUAUUACAAGCCUGUGUCAGAGCCUGAGCCCAUAGAAACCCUAGUAUCUCUGCUGCAUUUCAUGCCAGAAGAGUAUGAUACAAACAUCUACAAAAUGUUCAAUGCGCUUCUGUAUCCCGAUAGUAACGAAGACGCGGAGAUGGACGACAUCCAAAACUCACUGGGCAACCUUGCCCCGAUGAUUACGAUCGUGUUUGAUGAAAUGGACGAAAGCACAGAGCAAGCAACUCUCCCGCAUGGCGUGGAUGUUCCUCUCGAAUUCUACCCACAACUUUACACAGAAGAGGCCAAAAACCUGCUUAUUAAGGAAGUGACAAAGCUUUCCGCAGACUCUCAAACGCAGGCGCGGUCCAUUCUGCGUAACUUGAAUGACCUCAAAAGCUUUCAGGGCAAACAGAUACACUCAUUCCUGAAUAGCGCUUUGGAUUUUAUAACAAAGGACAUGAGCGGGGUAUCGGAGCAGUCGGGAGUCCAAGAGCUCGUUGACUCCCUUCAAGAGGUCAAACAACAGCUGGGGUCUAAAAAGACCGAGAAGAUGGCUCAGUACAAAGCAGUUUCUCACAGGCUCAACAACGAAUUAAACCUUUCUCACCCUGAGCUUGGUAUAAUACAGCGCGCAAAGGACUUGGGCCUUAUUGAUGAACCAUACCUUCUAACUUCCGCGGUCAUAUCUGCUUCCAACUACUUCAUUCGUCAGAAUAAUGGACAAUGGUUUCACGUUGUUGGUAGGAGCAAUAGUGAGCACAUGGAUGUAACAAAAACAGAUGCGUCAACCGUAUCGAGUGCAAUCAGGUUCCACACACGGUGUGCUUCCGAGUCUCCACUUAUGUUUACUUAUUUUAAGCCUAGUGCCAUCGAUACAGAAGCACAAGUCAAAGAAGCUGUUGGGCAUAACAAGGGCGCCAAAUUGUUCGCAGAGCAAGAUCAGAAACAUAUAAACACCCUAAGCGCUCCAGACGAGGAGGACCUUAUUGACCUUUGA